UCGGUUGCACUGGUGGCGGUUGUUAUUCUUGUGGACGUUAAUGGAGGAGCGAUGAGGCUGAAGGAUGAAUUGCUGGCAGUGGAAUGCGUUGUGGUCAAUGAUAUAUAACCCAGUCGCCAGGGCACCAGAAUGAAAAGAUCGCUGUUUGCAACGUUGGUUUCAACAUUAGGUUUGUUUUACCAAGUCAUCUAAGAUGUCCAUAGACUUUGACAGUACGACUUUGCCAAUUCAACAUGCAGAGGAAGAGUAUGACAAAGAAGAUUAUGAACGAGAACAGGAGCUACACCAGCUAUUGAUGACCGGUCUUCCUGAUGAUAUGCUCGAAGACAGCAGAGACAUUUGUUCCCCAGAGCUGAAUUACUCUCGAUGCAGUGCUAAUAACAGAGGAGAGCAAACCUGGGGGCAGAAGGAAAAUUGGAAUGAUCGGGACGCAAACAGCAGUCUGACAGAUAAAGUUAGUUAUUCAGCUGAAAAACCAGUACCUAAUGGGCAGAAUAGAGGCUACAUUGAAAAUGACCAAUACCAGAGGGACUAUCUGUGCAAUGCUGAAUAUGAACAAAAAAUAGAUCAUGAACAGCAGGACAAGAGUGAACCAUAUCUCAAUGGGUGGAAUCAAAACCAUAGGAUUGAUGAAUGCCAGUUCACAUAUAAAAGCAAGGGCCACAAUUUCCCUUGUGUGAAGACCAAUGAUGAGCACUAUGUAAGUGGGAAAAGCUACGAAUCAAAUUAUUGCCAGCUGCCUGAUUCUUAUUCUUCGUCUGACUAUCACGACUAUGUAAAUGAACCAAUUGAAGAGUUACAUGACCAGUUGGAGAAGAUGCCAGAAUACCCUGGAAGUGAAAGGGACCAACCAGAACAUUUACAGCAUUUUAUUUCAAAUGACACUGCUGAGCUAUACAAAGUGAAAUAUAAUCCUUAUCCUACUGCUCAUGCACCUGGAGGGCUUUUUAAAACGGAUGAAGCCCAAGGCGCAGGCAACAGAUUUGAGGAACAGCAGAGCAAGUUCCUGGAUAGUGGAGAAGGUUCCACAGAAGCCCAUCGGUUUGCACAGUUACAAAUACUUUAUAACGCACGAGGAAGGAAGUUAGAAGAAAUGCAACACAAACAAGAGGACUGCGCCCGUGAAAUUAGAUAUUUAAAUCACCAACUUGCAAUGACCAAAGGAGAAAAAGAAGGUAUUGCUAUUAGUUGUCAGGAAUUACGGAAUCUACUUCAGAAUGCUAAAGAACUUGAAGUUCGACUGGAAGGCCAAAUUAAAGCAUUGGAAUCCAGAAUUCAAGAUCUCGGUGCAGGCGAAGAAGAGGCACUGAAGAAUCAGAAAGUUGCUGAGGCAGCCAUGGAAAGCAUGCAGCAGCAACUAUCAGAACUCAGUCGCUCAGAAUCUCUUACUCGUGCCAGAGAGCAACACGAGAAUAUUAUCAGCGCAUUUAAAGAUAAACAUGAGGAAACUCUCUUGGCAAUGCAGCAGACCCUUGAUGCAACUAGUAUUUCUUUGGAAGAGCAGAAAGAAAAUGCUAAACGACUUGGGGAACAAGUUAAACAGUUGCAACGAGAGCAGGAAGAAGCCAAAGUGGAGAAAGCAGAAAUAAUUAAUGGUCUGACAAAAAGUUUAGAGGCAAGCCAGCAACAGUGCAGGGAUUUACUGCAAACAGGUUCAAUGCAAGAAAUUACUCAACUUCGGAUCCAACUUCAGCAACUUCAGUCUGCCAGAAAUAUCAGUGACAACAUGAACAAAGCUUUGCAGGAAGAGUUGGCUGACUUGAAAGAACAGAUUGGUCUUUAUGAAUCUGCUGCUAAGGUCAACGCAAUCCUUAAAGAAGUACCAGAAGCAUUAGAAAGUCCGUUAUCAGAUUCGUACAUGGGUCUCUGCAUUAAGAAUGAUAACUUGAAAAUGCCCAAGUUGCAAAGUGCUAGUGCAAAGCGACAGGGAGAUUUGGAUAAGACGUUGUCUAAGGAUGGGGCAAUACGAGAAUUGAAAGGUGAACUGGAAAGAUCUCUUGGAAACAUCAGGACAAAACGCCACCAAGUGGCUCAACUUCAGAAUGAAAUGAAACAAAAUCAAAGACAAAUAGCGGAACUAAAGGAAUUGUUACAAAAUGCUGAACAGUUGGCUAGAAAUCAUGAGGUAAGAGCCAUUUCUUUAGAAAAACAGUUGGAAACCAACGGAUAUGCUUCUGACAAGACUCUUCAAGACAUAGUUGAGCAGUUACGGUGUGAGACUCGUUCUCUGCACAAAGAAAUAGAGGAUAAACAACAAGAGAUUGAAAAACUAAUUCAUAGCGAGAAUCAGUUCAAAGCAGCAAACCAAGACUUGUACAAUGAAAUGCGUCGGAUGAUUCAAGAUUUUGACCAGGAUAAGCAAGAGGCAAUUGACAGAUGUGAGCGAAUUCAUCAGCAACAUCAUGAGGAUUCCAAAUGUCGCCUUGAGCAGGAACUGAUGGAACAGCAUGAACUGGAGAAAGCUCAAAUUACUCAGUUUUAUGAACAGCAAAUCACACAAGCAAAUGCUCAGCUGGAGCAGCUGAAUCAAGAGAUGUCUGGAGUACAAGAGAGUUACAUUACUAUCUGUAAAGAAAAAGACUCACUGGAGUGCCGAUUAAGGGAGGAAAUGUCCCUCAAAUUAACAACAGAACAGGAAAUGAAAAGGACAUUUUCAGUACAAUUGCAAGAUAAUUUGACUGAACUUCAUGGAAAGCACAAGGUUGCAAUGGAAGCUGCAAAGCAACAGUGGAUGGCAGCAAAAGAAAUCAACAUCAAGUUGCAAGUUGAGAGCCAGUUAGGGCUAGCAAAAACACAGUGGCAAGAAGAACAACAAAAAAUUAAGGAACAAGCAAUACAAGAAAUUGAAACAGAAUGGCAGCUUCGUCUCCACAAGGCUGUAGAACAAAAGACUUAUUUAAAGAGAGAGACAGGAAGUCAAAAUAAGGAAUCUUUUGACAGGGAGAAGGAGGUUUAUACAUGUCAAGAAUUGGAAGCUCAAAUUGCAAGUCUAAAAAUGACAAUGGAGCUGCAAGCUAAGGAGGAAAAAAUAGUGGCAGUUGGUAAAGCAUUACAGCAACUUGAACUAGAACUGCAGAAAAAGCAUGAAGAUAAUAUAGCCAGACAGGUGGAAAUAGCCUUAACAAAAGCUCGUGAACGUUGGUUGGAAGAAUUGACUAACCUGCCUGAAUACAGAGCCAAUUUACAAAUUGAGGAAACAAAAUGGGGGAGAAAGCAUGAAGAAGAUGUAGAAAUGCAGAUAGCAACAGUGCUGAGAGAAAAUGAAGAAAAAUGGAAGAAAUAUGCUUUGAAAGAAAGUGAGAAAGCUGGAUCUAGUGUUAAAACUGUAGAAUUACAGGAAAAAAUCCACAUCCUGGAACGUAAUUUAGAACUUCAGAAAGAAGAAGCAUCGGCAGUUGCUAAAGCGGAAUUGGCAAAAGUUCAAACUCAGUGGAAUAAGGAAAAACAAGAAGAGAUCAACAGAAUUCAUGAAUUAAAUGAGAAUGAUUAUCGAGCCUUCUUAGAUGAGCAUAGACAUAAACUCAAUGAGGUUCUUAAAGCAGCUAAAGAGGACUUUACAAGGCAGAGAAAUGAGCUACUUGCACAAAAGGAUUCAGAAUUAAAUCUACGUAUCUUGGAGAAACAAAAAGAAUGGUUAGCUCACCAAAAGGAACAGAUUAGGCGUGAAAAACAGCAAUACGAGUCUGAGCUUAUUGCUGAAAUUGAGCAUUAUUUGAGGCAAAUCUCAAAACACAUCAAGAAAUCUGAGACUCCAUAUUUGAGAAUAGAGAAAUGUUGUGACCCCAUCAACCCCAUACAUGCGCAGGUUGAUAAGGUGAAAAACCAUCUCCAGGAAGUUUGUACAAAACUGGUUGAAGAGAUCCUAGAGAUUGUACCGAACGAGGAGAAUAAAUUGGAUCUGCAAAAUGCAUUAAGACAAACAGAAAAGCAACAUGAAGAAUAUAAAACUGAAAAGGAGGCACAGCUCAGGAAACUUGAGCUAUCUGAACUUCAGCUCAAACAAGAAUUAAAUCAUUUGCAGCAAACGUUGAAUAUCACGCAGCCAAAGGAACUCAAACGUGAUCAUACUUCUGGAACACAAAAUGUAAAUCUUGAAUGUCACCAAUAUGAGGAACAAUACCAACCACAAGUAUUGAGGAAAUUUCAACAAGAAUGUCAGCAACUGAAGAAAAAGCUGGAGAAAAUGAGUCAGCAGCUUCAGCUUGCUGUUCAUGAACACAAAAUCGAUUUUCUGCAUCUUAAAGAAGAACAUGAAAGAACAAUAAAGAUGAUGCAAAAUGAAAAGGAUGACCUUUUGAAAAAACUUAAAGAAAAAGAAAUAAUCGGCAAUAAAACUAAUUCUUGUUUACAAGAAAAUUGGAGUUCUGAAAAUUCAACCAAGUUGAUCUCUGCAAAAGGAUUAGAAGAAAUUCGUCAUCAAUAUUUGAGGGCUGUGGACAAAAUUAGAGAAGAUAUGCUGCGUUACAUCCAAGAGAGCAAAGUCCGAGCAGCUGAAAUGAUUCGUACAGAAGUAUUUAGAGAACGUCAACAAACUGCGCGAAAAAUGCGAAAGUACUAUUUGACCUGUCUUCAUCAACUCUUGACAGAUGGUGGAAAAAAUGAAGGUGCUGAAAAGAAGAUCAUGAAUGCUGCUGGCAAAUUGGCUGCGAUGGCCAAAGCUAUAGAAACGCCUCUUCAGAAUCGAAAGCGUGAUAAAGCUGAAAUCCACACUGCACAACUAACAAAGAAAAGUUCAGAAACUGCUCCAAAUAUUUCUGAGAACAAUGGAGGGGUGCCAGCAUCUGUGCACUUGCAGGCGAACCAAAAUGUGAAUUCCUCUUCCAGUGAGGGCCAAAUACAAAAAUUCAAAAAACAUACCACCGACAAUGCAACUCAUAAAGUAUCUACGCCACAGAUUCGGAAUAAAUCAUUGUUUGGUGCUGCCGUGGAGAAUAGUACUUCAGAUGAAGAAUUAUCAACAACUGCUAAACAUGUUCACUCUCAUAAACAUAAAGGAAAAUCUGGCAUAUUCCUGAAGGAUGCUACUUCCAUGGUAAAUGGCGCCAUGUCAAAAUCAAAAUAUCACAGAGCUACUAGUAUAGCCCAUUGUCAAAAUUCCUCCAAAUAUCUGUCCCAAAUGUCUCUCAGUAAAGCACAUGUAUUCAGCUCUAUUGACAGUCUUUCUGACAAAGCACAGUUACAAACGUCAUGCAGACAGAAUAGUAACCUACUCUCAAAAGAACUUGUGCAAUUACGAAUGGCAUGCAAUCAGGAUAAUAUCUCAUCUUUGAAAGGUUACUCAGAAAAUUUUAUAUGCUCCGAAACUUUCACCAAGCCAUCUUCUGACGUCUGUGAAACUCCUGAAAGAGAUGAUAGUGAUUGUGCCGUCAAUUAUGAUGCUUCCAACUCUCAUAAAAUGGACAGACUUAGUUUUAAGCAGACUAAAGGAAACACUUGUCAUUUAGAUGAUUAUAAGAUGCCUAUUAAAUGUAAAAUGACAAGUGGUAUUUCCAUGUCCCUUUCAGCUACAAACAUGCAACAUAAACCAGUUCCUAUUUCAAAUGGUAUUGAAGCGUCGCCCUCCAUUUCCUCUGCAGCCUCUGAUAUUAGUUCUCUUUCUGAAGAUGAAAAUGCUUGUUAUUUGAAGAAAAAAAUCCCAGCUCUUUCAAGGUUACAUACACAAUUUGCAGAAAAUGCCUGUGCAACAAAUAAUAGAGAGCAGUCAAACACAAGGACCGAGACGGGUAUAUUGUACCUAACUAAAGAUCUCAUUCAAAAGAAGCAUCCAUCUGCCAAUUCUCAAAAUAUAGGCAAUAUUCAACAAGACAGUGGAUUUGACAGUCCAUUCCUUAAUUUUCAUUAAUCAAAGGCUACUGUCUUAAAUAUGUCACUGAACCUUUUGUGCAGAUAUUGAGUAAUUGCAGUAUUCUUUGAGUCUCAAUUUUGCUUGUUAAAUUAUAAUUGACAUAAAGGAUACACAAGUAUUUGAUGUGCUGUAAUGUAUUUGCAUAUUUUUCUAAAAUCUAUUUUUGUACCGUAAGCUGAUUUAUAUAUUUAAUUUGUAUAUUUGGGUGCUUUUUAUGGGGAGAAAUGUUUCUUUUGUGAUACUUUACUAAUAAAGUGUUGUUUUUAAAAAAUA